GUCUCUUCAAGUGCCAAAAUGUGGGUUCAUUUAGUUUAAAUUUUAUGUGCGGUUAGUGUGCAUCAAAGUUAAAAUUUGACAAACAAUUUUUUAAAACAAAAAAAACGAAACGAAUGGCAAUUCUCUUAGUGCAUUUACGUCGAAUUAUCCUUUUGCUGAGUAUUGUUUAUUUUGGUGGAGCUUUUGUGCGUAAACUUCUAACUGACAGUCGUCGGGCCCACCUGCAUCAGCUACGUAAAUCAUCAUUUCCGCCCUCAUCAAAACACCUACACUUUCAGGCGUGGGCUUAUAUAUAUACCGGAUAUGCAUACAUGGUUUUAGUGAAUUAUUUUAGUGAAAGUUAUUUCACAAAUAUGUUCGAUAUUUUGACAACUGCAACUUAAGUAAAACAAAAUGGAUGCCAUAAUAAACCCUGAUGUGUCUAUUUGUCAUCAUGGCGUUUGUGGAUUGUUUUUACGAGUAUUAUGGCAUCCGGCCCAAAUUUCUAUAAAGUUGAAUGAGUUCGAUUUAUGAAUUGGCGGCGAUAUUUUGGUCACACAAAUAUGCUGUUUACAUUUUCUUCCUCAGUGUUUGAACAUCUGUUUGUGUGGCUAAAACACGACACAUUAAUUUGAAUACCUACCUAAAUACCGAUACUAUGUGAUUCGAAUUAUUAUUACUUAAAUUUGGUUAUACUUAAAAAAAAUAAAAAAAAGGACUUUUUUUAAAAAUCUUCCCUGAGUAUGUUUAUUUUAGAAUUAAGAAUAUUGAUUGACCAAGAAGUUUUCUAGAAGCUUUAACUUUAAAUUAAUACAUAGAACUUUUUUAUUUUAGUAAAUAUUAUAUUUUCUAAAAUCUGAGGUUUCAACCCGCACCACAUAUGACUUAAGAAAAUAAGAAGCAAGAAACAAAGGUGUUGCACUAUUUGGAUUAUAAGAGUUCAAGUAAUAGAAUUUAAAAAAGAAUUUUAUUAAAUAAUAAACAAAAUGUUAUCUCCUUACCUUGUUCUA